AGGCUCACAGAUAAUCCGUCAAAAAAGUGUAUAUAUUUGUAGUCUGUGUGCUCUCUGCCCUAAUGUGGUCUGCGCACCCGCCCCAUCCACGAACAGUGGGGGACGUCUUGCGAAGGCCGUUCAGCUGCAAAUCCACGCUGUCGUCCGCGGCUGCCACUCGCUCGUCCCUCCGCUGCCCCUCUGAGGAGCGACCGACUUUUCUCACGGAGGCAGACGCCUCACUGGCGCAGCGUCCCGUGCGGCCUCCAUCCCAGCCGCGAGGGCAGUCGGCCCCCGGCCCCUGCAAACCGCCAUCCGGUGCACCGCCGCACUUGAGGAACGACCCUCCAAGUUCUCCGCCGUGUGAGGGUGCGGCGCCGCACGAGACGCACAAGACGCGCCUCCUCCAGCGCACCCGCCGCCCCGUCGACGAGGCUCUCUUCUGCGCGCUGCGGAUGGAGGGAGAGGGCACGGUGGCGGCACAGCUCCGCCAGCUCGGCCCCGAGCGACUCACGAGCGACUUCCGGCUCUUCUGCUGCCGCCUCAGCAUGCACAACGUUACCGCGGCUCAAUUCACGUUCCUGUGCGCUGCCGUGCUGAAUGCGGCGGUGUCGCAGCGGGACUGCGAGGUGGUCUUUGCGUUCCUGCGCACCGAGCAGGGCGUCGGCAGCCUCGACGUGGCGGAACUGCUGUCGCGGCUCCGCACUCUUUUUGUCUCGUCGGACGUCCUCUAUGCCUUGCAGCUGAAGCGGAUGUUAGAAACGAACGCGCUGAGCGAGUGCGCGGUGUCGAUGGAUGAGCUGCAGAAAGCCUUCGCAGGACUGCAGCGCCUUCUUGAACCCAGUACCGUGGAGCGUCAAGUCUCGCUGCAGCUGAAGACGCUGUACGCGGAGUUGUCCCGCAUUCACGCGCAGUACGCCGUGCUGGUGCCGACGUUUCGCGCGGAGGCGCGGCGGCUGGCCCCGGCGUUGUGCGCCGUUGUGCAGUCGCUGGGCUGGGACGGGGCGUGGGAAGACGAGAAGAAGAGCGUCGCCCUCUCCACUACGUCCGGCGCUGCCACCGCGGCCACACCGUCCGCCGAGGCCGCCUGCACCUCCCCGGUUGCGGUGACGGCAACGUCGCCCACGGUCGUGCUGUCUACCGUGACGGAGCUCUACCGCCAGCGGCUGGCGGCACAGGAGACGGCAGAGCAGGCCCGCGAAGCGGGGCGCUUCGGCGGCAGCUUUGGUGCUGCGGCAUGCCGUGCGAUCCGCCACUCCGCCUGGCGCACGUCAGACUCCGUCGUGGAUGUCACGAACCCACACUUUCUUGCGGAUGCCUACGCAACAGGACGCGUCGUCUGCUCACAGGACUAG